GAAAGUUGAUGAUAAAUUGUUGUUGAUGAAGACGAGUUCUGAUGUCAACAACUGAUUAUGUAUGUCAUUGAACAACAGUUUGACAUUUCAACUAAACUGAUUGUUUUAAUAGCUAUGUGUACAUUUUGCUGCGUAAUGUUGGCAUAUUCAACAUCUUCAUGAUAAAAAACUCAUCCAGAGGUCAGUGCAAAUUCUGCAGUACUGAAUUGUGUCACUGGAGCGAGCAAGAUGACUUUCGUAAACUGUUCCAUGCCCCACAGUCAGCAGCACAUUUAACAGUGCUGGGGAUUGCGGUAUAUGGAUGCUUUUGCAACCUAUUCUUCCUGCCACCCAUUCAACGCCAUCAUCAGCUUGUGCUGGCAAAGAGAGGUGUGCUGCUAGCUAGCUGGUUGGGAAAAGCGUUCGACGGUGGUUAGCCAGAUAGAUAUUCAGCAUAAAGGCUGCAAGCAGUCAGCGGAACUCUGGAUGGUUUUCUAGCUUUUUGAUAAAAUACAUGGCUUUAAUGAUGUCGUCAACACCCGACGGAAUAACUUUUUUCUGAAACAACCACUUGAAGACUAACCUAAACUAGCUAGCUAAAAAGUGACUCGUUAUUUUAAUUGGUUCAUAGCUUUAGCUAGCUGCAAGCUAAUCUUCGACACAAAGCUACUGACUGUUAGUUGGCUAUAUUGUGAACUUCAUGGCCAACAAAAGGACUCUUGUCUGAUGAAGCACAUCACAGGAUUUACUUUUCCAGCUCUAAAAAGUAGCACGACUCCACUGGAGAAGGACGCACAAUGAAGAAACAGUUCAAUCGGAUGAAACUACUCGCCAACCAAACAGUUGGCAGAGCAGAGAAAACAGAAGUUCUCAGCGAUGACCUUCUACAGAUUGAGCGGCGCAUGGAGAUGGUACGUGUGGUCUCCCACAACACACACAAGAGGAUGGUCACGUGUCUGCAGGGCCACAUUGGCACCGACGCAGAGAAGAGACAUAAAAAGCUUCCUCUGACAGCGCUGUCUCAAGCCAUGGUGGACGGAGGCAGUCAGCUGGGAGAGGAGUCUCUGAUUGGGAAAAUGAUGGAGGUGUGUGGGGAGGCAGAGAACAGGCUGGCGUCAGAGCUGCUGCAGCAUGAGGUUCAGAUAGAGAAAGACGUGCUAGACCCCCUAAACCAGCUAGCAGAGGUGGACAUUCCCAACAUCCUCAAACAGAGGAAGCAGCUAGCCAGGCUAGUUCUUGACUAUGAUUCUGCCAGAGGGAGGUGGUUGCAGGCAACCAAGUCGAUAAUCUCAGGAACAAACACUCAAGCACUGACGGCCAAGGCAGACCUGCUCAAAGAGGAGGUGGAUGAAGCUAUGAAUAAAAUGGAACUGUGCAAGGAUCAACUGGCUGCAGACAUGUACAAUUUCUUCUCAAAGGAAGGGGACUAUGCCUGCUACUACGUUAUGCUCUUAGAGGCCCAAGCUGAUUACCAUAGAAAAUCUCUGACUAUCCUUGAGAGUGUCCUGCCAACCAUACAAGCACAGCAAGACUCGUGGACGGAGAAGCCAGCGUUUGGGACGGGUCUGGAGGAGCAUCUGAAGAGGAGCAGCAGAGAGAUCGCUCUGCCAUUAGAGGCCUGCAUCAUGAUGCUGCUGGAGACUGGCAUGAAGGAGGAGGGCCUCUUCAGGAUCGCAGCAGGGACCUCAAAACUGAAGAAGCUCAAGGCUGCUCUGGACUGUUCCACCUCACAGCUGGAGGAGUUCUACUCGGACCCCCACGCUGUCGCUGGAGCCCUGAAGUCUUACCUGAGAGAACUACCUGAUCCUCUGAUGAGCUUUCAGCUUUACGACGAGUGGAUUCAGGCGUCUAGUGUUCUAGAACCAGACAAGCGACUGCAGGCCCUCUGGGUUGUGUGUGAUCAAUUACCAAAGAACAACAAAGCAAACCUAAGGUAUCUGGUGAAGUUCCUGUCCAAGCUGGCUCAGGACAGUGAGGUCAACAAGAUGACCCCUAGCAACAUCGCCAUUGUACUUGGACCAAACCUGCUGUGGGCCAAAACGGAGGGCACUCUAGCUGAGAUGGCUGCUGCUACCUCUGUUCACGUGGUGACCAUCAUAGAACCCAUCAUACAACACGCUGACUGGUUCUUCCCUGAGGAUGUGGAGUUUAAUGUAUCAGGGAUGUUUGCCAUGCCCACCCCUCCUUCCAACCACAUCAACCACUCUAUGGAGUACGACUGUUCCACCAUCGAGAGGAAGAGGCCUGGUAGCAUGGUGGGGCCAGAGAACGAUACCCUUCGCAAGGACAGUUCUGCUAACAAACUGUGGGACCAUAACACCAUCCCCCGUAGAGGCAGCAACACGUUAGGUAGAAAGCAGCAUGUUUCACCCGCCUUCCUGCCCCCCUUACCCCCUGUGGAGUCCCCAGGGCCUGGACAGGUCACGGGGUGUGUGGCCGAGCUCCAGGCCCCGCCGGAGGGCUGCCAGCCUAACCUGGCACUGGGUAUGGCUGCCCUGGUGGCAGCGCAGCAGCUUCUAGCUACCACCACGGAGGGUCUCAGCAACCCAAAGCGUGACCCCACCUCCACCCAGACCCUCCAUCAAAGGAACGGUUCAGGAGGGGGCAACCCGGGCACAGCCAGCCCAGCAGGAGGAGGUGGAGCAGGGGGACAGCUGGGAGUGGUAGGCCCUGGGGCCGGAUCCAUGGGGCCCAGUCCACACAUGAUGCGCAGAGGUACAAAGAAGCCAGCCCCUGCCCCUCCCAAGCUGCCCAACCCCCCUUCAGGCCAGCCCAGUAACCUCACCAACCACAACCCCUCCUCGGGCCAGUCCCUCAGCCCCUCCCCCAGACCCCUCUCUUCCUCAAGCCACUCCCCUACCCCCCCCACCCUGCCCACAUCCCAGCCCUCCACCACCCCCCGCCGCCACUCCAACAACCAGCCCUCCAUCCAGGCCCCCAACCACCCACCCCCACAGCCCCCCACACCCUCACAGGUCAGCCCCCCGUCCCAACCCAGGGCCCUCGGCCGUCCCACAGGAGACAACCCGGGGGCGGAAUAUUCUCCAACAGACAACCCCACCCCGCCUGAUACACCUCCACCCUCCACCGUCCCCCAGGACAUACCCAGUGCCCAUCCUGCCUCCACCUUGCCCUUCCAGUCAGGCUCACUCCCCCGACCACGCCCUGUCCCCAAACCCAGAAACAGGCCCAACAUUCCUCCGCCCCCUCAGCCCCCCACACAGGGAAAUGAUACCAACGGGAUCUGCAGCACAGCCUACAAAAUCAUGGACCCAGCGCUGUCUCUCAAAGGGUUGACCCGAGCCUUCGUCCCUGAGUUUGCUGUGGACCAGCAGCCAGUGACCGCCCCCUCCAUGGCCCCCAUGGCAUCCGUAUCUCAGCCCAAAGACUCAGACCUGGACACAGAGAGUACCAUCCUAUAAUGAAGAGGACUGGGCUUGGCUCUCUCUCCCCUCCAUCUCCUCUCCAGGUGUGGGUAGAAGUUGACCCUAACCACAGGUCCAGGGUCAGAUAGUAGUUUCAUCCCCUAAUGGAUAACUAUACGACUAGGUAUAGGGAGAUUUGGUCCUAGAUCUGUGGUUAGUGGUAACUUCUACCGCAGGCUCCCCUCAGCCCUCAGAUCACCACACCUCUGCUGCUCUCUGCCAACUCCACCUCGGUGUCCACUACACACUAACUUACCCACCAUCAUUACCACCUUGGUCCGCUCCACCUCAGCCUUGUUACAGCUACUACUAUAUACAAUCAACACAACCACCUUAGGGGGACUACAGAACAGCCUUGAUUAAAACGGUAUGUUUUUGCAUGGGAUGUUGCACCUGAAGGGACUGGUAGUAGUAGUAAGUGGGUUGUUAACAGUGGACUGACUGACUUUGAUAUUGGUGUGAGGUGUUUUGUUGUUGAUUAUGAUGAUGGCCUUAGAACUGAAGAAUACUAUUUGUAAAUGUAAAGCACAGGAAAUGUGGGUAAAAGUAGAACCCCCCCCCCCAAAAAAGAACUGUUGCUGAAAGUGUAGCUUGUGACUGCAGGUUUCCAGUCGUCUCAAACACUUUGACCUUUUUAUCCCUGUUUUGUAUGAAACCUAUCCUUUGCUCUUUGUAUUUAUUUCCAAAAACGCAUUCCCUGUGGCUUAAGUUAAAAAUCAUGCAGUUUUCUGAAUUGUGCCUUACUGGUUCCAUAACUUGUUGUAGCAGUGUUAGGUCAAUAAACUGUGUAUAUGCUGAGCCUCUUGGAUUGUAGGGGCCUUCCUAACCUUCUGUGUUUACUCUGAUGUUUUUGGGGCAUUAAAGUGACAGUUCCACUAUAAGUGAAUGUUGGAAAGGACGGUUUUAAGCGCUUCUACUAUAGCUACUUUGUCAUCUGUCUGGUGAAUCACUUCAACAGUUGAUAUUGAACCAAGUCUAAACCCCACAAACGCUUGCUUUCCAGUGAACAGGUUUCUAUAUGGAAGAUCAUUCUGCGAUCCUUCCCACGGAGCUGGGUUUUACACACAAACUGAUGUAACAACCUAGUAGUGAGGUGGUGUUGGAUUCACUAGACUUUUUUCUGUGUUGCUUUUCCUUUAAUAUAAUGCAGGGUUGUGCUCCUAGAGAACCUGAAUGGUACCAACUAAAGGGCACAUUUCUGGACGCUUCAGUUGCCCUGAACACAUGUUCAGUAAUUGUACUGCUUUUCAGAGACGAUCAUCAUCCAUAUAGUCUUACUGAGAUCCCCCCACCCCUUCUCUCUUUCUCCUUUAACUUGCUGCCUUAUCCGUCUGCAGAAAGAGCACCUUGGUUGGAGGCUCUGAAAGACUAACAAGCCAUUUAACUAGAAAUGUUAAAGCUGCAUUUUAAGCUCAGUUUUGUAUGCAGACUGUUGAGCUUAAACAAGCAAUACAUAAAAUGGCAAAUGAAUGCUUGGUUAUACUCCCUGUCUGAAUAAAAUAUAUGAAGAAAAAGU